AUGGAGAGGAGACAGGCGGGCGGGAAUUUGCUGGACUCUAUGAAUUCUGCAUCAGUGCACGUGAACGACCUUCCAGCUGAGUUCCCCCGUUUUCCACCGCAAACAAUUAGCACGGGCGUUGCUUCUCAGAGUCACCGCAAAAAGUCACCGGCUUCGGGACCCCCGAUGAACGGGAGUCAUUCUUUUUCUCGUCAUACAAACACAGGAACUGUACCUGCCAUACCGCGCGCCCCACGGCGGUGCCGACUUACAAACAACGCACCAUUCCCGGACCCCGCCUGCGUGGACUGCCAAAGGCAUAGCUGCUCAAGACAUUCAGGCGGCAGCACGUUGGCGGGGGGAGUGGAGCUGCAGAUUGAAGGGCUUACGCGCUUCGUUUGGCGGUGUAUUUACUUUUUAUGGUUGGCAGCCCUUGUCGCCGGUAUAGUUUUGCAAUCCUUGCCCUCUAUUACAUGGAGGGUGCUGGACAUCUGUGGAAGGGAUGCGCCUGAUAUGUGGAAAUAUGGGACAUGGAAUAGCAACUGUGCGACCAUAGAGCUGGAGGACAGACACACCGAUACCUACCGUGUUCAGUGGAAUGGGCGACCAUAUUCUGUGGACUUUGGUGACCCGUUGCUGCGGUUCCGUAGCCUCGUAAUUAACCUGGCCAGUCCUGACGACUGGGAGGUUUUCCAUCCUGACGAGCGCAGGUUCACACUGAGGGUUGCGAUUCCCUUUAUGGAGGAGAACAGCAACUGGUCUACUGCCCCGUUGCCGAUAGUGUGCCGUCGUGGGGACGAUCGAUGCGUUUACAUAAACCUGCCGCCGGGUGCGGUUUUGAAUGACACUGGUGGAGGACGCGUGUCUCUAUCUCUUAGCGAUGUCCCCGGAAGUAUCGCUCGAAAUAUAAAUAACUCAGCGGUUGGUAUCCUUUUUCAAGGGCGUGCUUACGCCCUUACAGUGUUGAUUUGGCGCUACAUAGCCCUUACAAUAACGGUUUUGCAUGCUAUACGGUUCGUAGUGAACCUGAAAUACAACAACAGCCUCUAUGAACAGUGGUGGGUUUUGGUGCUGCUGUUGGCGUCUGUGUUGUAUCUCAACCCCCUCACCGCCCUUGCCAUAUCUCCAGAUCGGCUUCCACUGCCGCUGGAGUUCCUUGAACUUCACGUACCAUGGUGGUUUGUAGCGGUGGUGGUGAGCUAUAUGUUUUCUGUUAUUACUGCGUCCAUGCCGCGCGCUGCGAAUCCCACGAAACAGGAAGGCGCUAAAAACCUGGGAUGCCUUAGCCGCAUGAAGGCCUGCUUCUGCCGCAGCCGCAGCAUAUAUGACCCUCCGUUGUGGACGAAGGUAGUGGGAGUGCUUUUUAUCAUUAUAGCCAUUGGGCUUGACAUAGCAGUGGCCUGGCGGUGCUGCUCUGCAACGCUACAUGGGAGGGGGUCGGGUAAGAAAAUCUACAUUUACCUUCUCUGUUCUCUUUUCGGCUUUGGGUCGCUGGUCUGUUGUAUUAUGCUCUACCGUCUACGUCGGAGCAUGUCAAAGAAAUCAUACCUGGAUUCGAGACCUCAGCAACUUGCCUGCCGUGUUUUCAUGUUUAUGUUCUUUACGGCCAUCAUUUUCAGUAUUACACAAUUCGCUCUGUUUUACGUGCUCGAUUUCAGAAUCCCGGGUAUGUUGGCGUGGCAACCACUUAUACAGCUACCGGCGUUGUUGGUAUGGCCAGUUUUGGUCAAUGUCAUGACUCUAAUAUACACUACCCGUCACCGCCCAGAGACGGUUCCCGUUCAUCCGCGAGACACGCGCUGGAAAGAAAGUGUCUGGCCUGACGAUUGGUACCGAUGGCUUGUUCGCCAUGGCGGCAGCAUGUACAUUUUUCAUACAGAGAAGGAGGAGGCCUCCUUCAAUUGGAAACAACUGGAGUACCGCGUACGGCGGUACCUUGUGAGGUUAAAGAGAAGGGGUAGUGUGCAUAACUUAUCUCUCCUUCUGCAGAGCAUACCCAAUGACUCUUCAUCUCCACCGGUUGAGGGGCCGAGUGACCCCUCGAUAAAUUAUACCAUUAUGUGCUCCGUUCACUCCCGUCCCCAGGAUAUAGAGUUCUGGAAGGGUCUGAGAGAGUCGAUUUGUAAUCGAGGCGCAGCCGAGAUUGUCAACAUGGACAUGACGUCCACGUGCUUCCUACCGUACGUUGAAGCAGGGAGGGAAAACGAUUUGGGGCCCGAGAGACCGUCAGGCGCAUCCCAAGUGAUGAGACAAAAUGUUGGCAGGGAAGGAGGUGGGUCCCGAGCUCCGCUGCUAGAAAACGAUGGGGGAGCUCUCAACGGUUCCGUGGCGUUGAGGUUGAGCUCCACCACCGGGGAUGCACCUCCCGGUGACGGGGAGCGUCGUCUGGGGUCUGUGGAUGAUCAUUCAGAGGAUAGCGGCGACGAUGGAGGGUCAACUAAUAACCCAAAGAGUGUGUGGCAAGCACUCCGUGGUGUAAUUUCCGCGUCGGUGAGGGGAGCCGGGAGGAACUUAUUCGAACGACCUGCUCAUGCGUUUGAGCGUGCCGAAACCUAUCUUUUGGAUGCUGUUCAGCAAAGGAUGCACGAACCCCUGUACCUCCCGUUUUUCAAUCUUGAGACAGCCAUUGACUGCUUCAACAUAGCGUUUGAAUCGUACAAUUGGAAGGGACAGUCGCACGCCCGGGCCCAAGAAAGAAAGGUUGGAACCUCGGGCCGCUGCCGCGGCUCUUCAAACUACCGUUCAAAUGCUCGCGAAUCCGCUGCUUACCCCCGGGAAACGGACCCAGACGCGUGCAGCACGUCGCAAGGUGAUGUUGAGAUGCGCAAAUUUUGCCCUAGUACAGAACAACAGUCUGUGGCAGCCACUCCAGACCAUAACGGGACGCCCACUAUCGAUGUGGAACAAUACGGUUAUAAGCCAAUCGCUGUGUUUGAGGCACUUGAUGUAGUGGCUGUUUGUGCUGUCAUGGACACUGAAUUUUUGCACCAUCGUGGCAAGGCCCCUCGAAUCGUUAUCGCAUUCCGAGGAACAGCAAAUAUGAGCAACGUGAGGGAGGACAUCAAGAUGCGCCGCCGUGCUUGGGAUGAAAUGAAGACCGAUAGGGACAAUGCGUCUCUGAAGUCGAGUUGCUGCUGGGAACCAACGGUCCACUCCGGAUUUUUGGAGAUCUGGGAAGCACACCAAACUUCUAUUGAAGAAAAACUUGGCGGGUUCUUAAAGGACAAUUCUUCCACUGUUUACCGUGUGUUUUGCACGGGCCACAGCAUGGGGGGUGCUGUGGCUUGUCUUUGUGCCUACAGUGUGCGGCGUAUGCUGCGGGAGAUAGAAUACCCCUUGGAUGAGGUAACGGUUUACACGUUUGGUCAGCCCCCGAUGGGGAACGCAGCGUUUCAAACCGCUUACGACAAGGCGAUUCCCCGAACGUUUCGUGUUGUAAACGAGAGUGACACAUUUGCAACGUUCCGGCUUUACGGCACGCAAGUUGGCACCGAAGUGGAUAUUAACCGCCAUGGCAAUUACAUCUGUAAGCCCACGUAUAUGGAGCAACGGUGCCACCCAAUGAAGAAUAAGGUGUUUGGAAUCGAGGGCCAUCAGGUGAAGUCUUAUGCCCGCUCGCUCAAUGCCUUGGCGCUCGACACAUCCUGCAAGAUACGUGCUUCCGGCGAUCCAGAGGCGUCAUAUGUGGCCGAGCCUGGACGCGAGCCGGAUGCCAUGUAA